AUGGAAUGGCGGACACUAUCGUUUUACCGUUUCAAAUCGAUCCCAGAGAAAGAUUUAUCACAAUUACGCGAAAAGAUGCUAUCUGAUUUCGGAAACAUGAACAUUGUUGGUCGCAUCUACAUAGCAACCGAAGGCGUAAAUGCACAAAUGAGCUGCCCAAAAGAGAACAUUGGCUGGCUAAGGGAAUAUUGCGAUAACAUACUAGACUUGGGAAACGUAGAUUUCAAUUUUGCGACAGAACAUGCAAAAGCGUUUGGUGCCUUGCAUGUAAGAAUAAGGAAACAGAUUGUCGCCGAUGGUCUCGAAUCAGGAUCAUAUGACAUCACAAAACAGCCAAACCAUCUAACUCCAGAAGAAUGGCAUCAAGCGUUAUCAUCUAAACCACAACUUGUCAUUGACAUGCGCAAUCAUUACGAAAGUGAAAUUGGAUAUUUUGAGGGUGCAAUAUGUCCGGAUGUUGACACAUUUCGUGAGAGCGUCAAAGUAAUGGAAGAAGUAUGCGAGGGAAAACAAGACCAAGAAGUAUACAUGUAUUGUACUGGUGGUAUACGCUGCUCAAAAGCAGGCGCAAUGCUGCUUUCCGCUGGUUUCAAAUCCGUCAAUGUUCUCAAAGGAGGUAUAACUGCCUAUGGCCGCCUCUGGGCAGCCACCGGACAAGCUGCUCUCGAAUCUUCAAACGUAUGUCUUGUAAACGGAAAUGCCACGGGUAUCGGGUUUUUCACGGUAGUUGAUGGGCGACUAGUAACCGGCGCAGAUAUUGGAAAUAAUUUCUUCCUAACUCUUGAGGCUCUCGGUCAACCGCGAGCAGCUAAAGUGACAGAGUAUCUUCAAGAAUUGAACGAAGAUGUUAAAGGCUCUUUUUUGGUUGAGGAUCCGAUAAAUCUCAUCGAGACAUCUCCAGAUUAUUUUUUGCAAUUCUCGCUCGUGAUUGCCACCGAACUUCCAGAAAAACCGCUUCUUAGAUUGGCCGAAAUUCUUUGGGAUUCGGCGGUUCCGCUCGUUGUUGUCAGGUCAACAGGAUUUAUUGGGUAUUUCCGCAUCCUAAAGCCAGAACAUACGAUCGUUGAGACGCAUCCCGAGAAUAUCGUUGAUUUACGCUUGGAUAAACCUAUUCCCGGAUUAGAGGCGUACGCGCAAACUUUUGAUUUUGAAGGAAUGGAUAACAUGGACCAUGGACAUAUACCAUACGUUGUGAUUCUUAUCAAGUAUUUGAAUCAAUGGAAGAAGGAACACAAUGGUGAAUUACCCAAAGGAACGCAGGAAAGAAACUUAUUCAAAGAAGCAAUCCUCAGUGGAAAACGCAAUUCCGACGAGGAAAAUUUCGACGAAGCCAUUGCUAGUAUUUGGAAAGCAUGUACCCCGACCCAGGUGCCUUCUAAGGUACAAGUUAUACUCAAUGACCUUCUUUGCGAUAACAUAACUGUCGAGUCAUCCAACUUUUGGAUCAUCGCGCGGGCUGUUCGUGAAUUCGUAGCAAACGAAGGUCUUGGCUUAUUGCCACUUUCGGGGAGAUUGCCAGAUAUGAAAGCAUAUACACAGUCUUAUGUUGAUUUGCAAAACAUUUACCGUCAAAAGGCACGUCAAGACGUUGCUGCAGUGCAGGCUCGGGUUGACAAAAUAUUAUCUUCAUUGGGACGUUCUUCUGAUUCAAUUUCCCAUGAAGAAAUCGAGAGUUUCUGCAAAAACGCUGCAUUUAUUGAAGUGAUUCGGUAUCGAUCAUUACAAGAAGAAUAUAUAAAUGAUCCGAAGAAAGAAGACAUCAGUAGGUGGAUACGCGACUCCGAGGAUUCUAUCGCCUAUUAUGUCUUAUUCAGAGCAAUCGAUCGUUUCUAUGAAACGUUUCAACGAUACCCAGACGGAGCUACAUUGCCGGAUGCCGGUGACGAUGCCGGUGACGGUAAUGACGACGAGCAAUCAGUCUUUGUUUACGAAUUCAAUCCUCUGAGAAAGAUAGUAACAUCCCUGCUUGAAGAAUGGGGUAUCGACGAUAGUGGACUUGAUAUCGAUGAUUACGUUCAUGAAGUUUGUAGAUCGGGUGGAUCGGAACUUCCAAAUAUGGCAGCACUGUUAGGUGGACUAGUGUCUCAAGAGAUAAUCAAGCUGAUUACUCACCAAUACAUUCCAUUGAACAAUUCUUGCAUAUUUGAUGGAAUCAAAGCUUCCUCGAGAACAUAUGUUCUCUGA